GUUAUACCUGCAGCUGACUCGCUGCAUCCAGGCUGUUCCUUAUCGCAGUUCAUUCUCGCUGCCCCUGCUCCUACUGAGAAUAGCUGACAACUUCCCCCGCCAACAUGAAGAUCGCUCUGCUUUUGUUAAGUGUUUGGCUUUCAUCUGCUUCCAGCAACCCUCUGAGCUUCAAGCCUGAAGUCUCCUCCAUCGCUUUGACUCUGGGUCUGCGGACUUCCACGACCGUGACCCUAGCCAAGCCUAUCUGUGUGUUUUCCAGCGGUGAUGUGGUCGAGGUGUUUGGAGUACAGACAACGGCAGACUCGAUCCCAAUUGAAAUCGGCAACAGGACCAUAUUGACUUACCAACAAACCGAUGGAGGUGCAAGGGGGCCGUAUCGAGCGGCCAGAUUUAUGACUCCCAUUUGUACAUCGUUGCCCUUCGUGCCGAGCCGGGACCCUGCGGUGAUUCGUGUACAAAUCGAACAAUAUCUCUUCAGAGUUGGGGAUGAUGAUCAGUGUCUGAACCAAGCGCCCUUUGUCUCGGGGAACUGUAACGCACCACUUAAAGAGAAUGUAGCUUACAGGUUCAAAUACGCUGUGCUGAACUCCUCCACAAACAUCAUUUUAAAUGAAACGUCCUGGUCCGAUCCCAUCCCCCUCCUACGAGUUGCUGACUUUGCCCUCAUUGAUACGUGGCCUGGAGCAAGGACGGGAGGAAUGGUGGUGAUCACAACUCUCCUUGUUAUCCUUCUCUCUCUUCUCCUGUGCGGUUAUGGUGCUUUGAUGGUUUAUGCCUGUUGCCUGAAGGAGGAGACCCUGCUCGCAGAACCGCAGCCCGUUCCAAGGACCUACAUCACCCAUCAGAAAAACAUCGGCUUUGCUGAUGUUCUCCAAAAGGAAGGACAGAAGCCCGUUGCCCGGCAGUCUUCUGUAGCAGCACAUUAUCAAGAAAUCGAUGCUGCAUCUCAAGCUCCAGUAUAUGAACACUAAACGCAAGACCCAAGACGGUCGCCGUUAUAGACUGAAGACGUGACUCUGCAGAACGGCAGAGAGAUGAACGCUGAUAAGCAACAAGGUUUCCUUAUAUUCUUCCAGGCUGCACCACGUAACUGGGACACAAAGUUGGUUUUACAAAUCAUGGUGAAUGUAUUGGUGGUGGGGUGGGGGGUAAAUUCUAACUGAUUUGGUUACACUUCUGUUUUAUCAUUGACUUGCAUUGUUGAAAUAAAGUACUUUGUCACCUGG